AUGAUGAAUUCUAGAAGGACACGACGUAGAACAUCUGGCCAUAGGGUCAACUCUAACUUGAGCCUGUGUUGUUGCCUUCCAUUGUUUGAAUGUCGUCGACGAUCCAAAAAUCAGCGGGCGGCGGACACCCCGCUCUCCCAGCUCCUGAGAUAUCCGCCGGUGACGAGGUCAGCGGUCACUGAAUACGGGGCUCGGAGUCUCUUCCGAGGCGGCAGUGAGGACGCUCAGCAGGCGGGAUGUGUGCUGGUGCUGGAGACGGGCAGCUCCUGUUCGAGUGCUCCUGAAGAGGCGAUGCUACCAUUCGCUGCUCCGGAGGAUCCCUGGGACGACCAAGAAAUGGAGGUGUUCGGCAGCAGCGGCGGGGCGUGCGGCGGCAGCGAGCCACAGGAUAUGUUUGCCCCGAAGAUGGCUGAGGUUAUACAAGAACAUGAACAGGAAGAGGUAAAUGAUCUUAAAAUGGUUGAUGAGCCAAUGGAAGAGGAAGAACCAGAAUCUAGCCUGGUUUUUUGUGUGCGUGAUGAAGAUGUUAAAGAAAUCCCUAUUAUACAUCAUGUGAAAGAAGGAUAUGAGAAAGCAGAUCCUGCACAGUUUGACCUGCUCAAGGUUCUUGGUCAGGGGUCUUUUGGAAAGGUUUUUCUUGUUAGAAAGAAGACUGGUCCUGAUGCUGGGCAGCUCUAUGCAAUGAAGGUGUUAAGAAAAGCUUGCUUAAAAGUUCGAGACCGCGUUCGCACAAAAAUGGAGAGGGAUAUUUUGGUGGAAGUAAAUCAUCCAUUUAUCGUCAAACUACACUAUGCCUUUCAGACUGAAGGAAAGCUGUACUUAAUCUUGGAUUUCCUCAGAGGAGGGGAUGUCUUCACAAGAUUAUCCAAAGAGGUUCUUUUUACAGAGGAAGACGUGAAAUUCUACCUUGCCGAAUUGGCCCUGGCUUUGGAUCAUCUGCAUCGAUUAGGAAUUGUGUAUAGAGACCUGAAACCAGAGAACAUCUUGCUUGAUGAAAUAGGACAUAUCAAGUUAACAGAUUUUGGGCUUAGCAAAGAGUCAGUGGAUCAAGAAAAGAAGGCAUAUUCAUUUUGUGGCACUGUCGAAUAUAUGGCUCCUGAAGUAGUAAACAGACGAGGCCAUUCUCAGAGUGCUGAUUGGUGGUCAUAUGGUGUACUUAUGUUUGAAAUGCUUACUGGCACUUUGCCAUUUCAAGGUAAAGACAGAAAUGAGACCAUGAAUAUGAUACUGAAAGCAAAACUUGGAAUGCCUCAGUUUCUUAGUGCUGAAGCCCAAAGUCUUUUGAGGAUGCUAUUCAAAAGGAAUCCAGCAAAUAGAUUGGGAUCAGAAGGAGUUGAAGAAGUAAAAAGACAUGCUUUUUUUGCAUCUAUUGACUGGAAUAAACUAUAUAAAAGAGAAGUUCAGCCUCCUUUCCGACCUGCUUCUGGAAAACCAGAUGAUACUUUUUGUUUUGAUCCUGAAUUUACUGCCAAAACACCUAAAGAUUCUCCUGGUUUGCCAGCCAGUGCAAAUGCUCAUCAGCUCUUCAAAGGAUUCAGCUUUGUUGCAACUUCUAUUGCAGAAGAAUAUAAAAUCACUCCUGUUACAAGUGCAAAUGUAUUACCCGUCGUCCAGAUGAAUGGAAAUGCUGCUCAAUUUAGUGAAGUCUAUGAAUUGAAAGAGGAUAUUGGUGUUGGUUCUUACUCUGUUUGCAAGCGAUGCAUACAUUCAGGUUCCAACAUGGAAUUUGCAGUAAAGAUCAUUGAUAAAAAUAAACGAGACCCCUCAGAAGAAAUUGACAUUCUUAUGCGUUAUGGACAACAUCCCAACAUUAUUACUUUAAAGGAUGUCUUUGAUGAUGGGAGAUAUGUUUACCUUGUUACGGAUUUGAUGAAAGGAGGAGAACUACUGGAUCGUAUUCUCAAAAAAAAAUGUUUCUCAGAACAGGAAGCGAGUGAUGUGCUGUAUGUAAUAACAAAGACAGUUGAAUAUCUUCAUUGUCAAGGAGUUGUUCAUCGUGAUCUUAAGCCCAGUAAUAUUUUGUACAUGGAUGAAUCAGCCAAUGCAGAUUCUAUUAAGAUCUGUGAUUUUGGGUUUGCAAAACAGCUUCGAGGAGAAAAUGGACUUCUGUUAACUCCGUGCUACACUGCAAACUUUGUAGCACCUGAGGUUCUCACUCAACAGGGAUAUGAUGCUGCUUGUGAUAUUUGGAGUUUAGGAGUCCUAUUUUACACUAUGUUGGCUGGCUACACUCCAUUUUCCAAUGGACCCAAUGAUACUCCUGAAGAAAUACUCCUGCGUAUAGGCAAUGGGAAGUUCUCUUUGAGUGGUGGGAACUGGGACAAUAUUUCAGAUGGAGCUAAGGAUUUGCUUUCUCAUAUGCUUCACAUGGACCCACGUCAGCGUUAUACUGCUGAACAAGUAUUAAAACACUCUUGGAUAACCCACAGAGAACAGUUGCCGAGGGAUCAGCCAAAGACAAAUGAUGCAUCACAUGAAGCAGUGAUUGCAACAUAUUCUGCCUUGACUCCCAAGACUUUCCAACCAAUUCUAGAGCCUGUUGCUGCUUCAAGUUUAGCUCAGAGACGGAGCAUGAAAAAGCGAACAUCCACUGGCUUGUAA